AUGAACAGUGGCUCAGACCCGAAGCACGCUGCAGGAAUGGACCCUGACUCCGACCCUGGCCAGGCAGCUGUCGCCUUGGCUUACCAGCGGUUCGAGCCCCGCGCCUACCUCCGCAACAACUACGCACCUCCUCGUGGGGACCUGAGCAACCCUGAUGGUGUCGGACCUUGGAAGCUGCGCUGCAUGGCACAAGUCUUUGCCACUGGUGAGGUGUCUGGACGGGUCCUUAUUGACAUUGGCUCAGGACCCACCAUAUACCAGCUGCUCAGUGCCUGUGCCCACUUCGAGGACAUCACCAUGACAGACUUCUUGGAGGUCAACCGGCAGGAGCUGGGACUCUGGCUUCGAGAGGAACCAGGAGCCUUUGACUGGAGUGUGUAUAGCCAGCAUGUCUGCCUCAUCGAGGACAAGGGUGAGUCCUGGCAGGAGAAAGAACGCCAGCUUCGAGCGAGGGUGAAGCGAGUCUUGCCCAUUGAUGUGCACAAACCCCAGCCCCUGGGAACUUCGAGCCUGGCACCCCUGCCUGCAGAUGCUUUGGUCUCUGCCUUCUGCCUGGAGGCUGUGAGUCCAGAUCUUGCUAGCUUCCAGCAGGCUUUGCAUCAUAUCACGACGCUGCUGAGGCCCGGGGGUCAUCUUCUCCUCAUCGGGGCCCUGGAGGAGUCAUGGUACCUUGCUGGGGAGGCCAGGCUAUCUGUAGUGCCAGUGUCAGAGGAGGAGGUGAGGGAGGCCCUCGUCCUUGGUGGUUAUGAGGUCCGAGACCUCCGCACCUACGACAUGCCUGCCCACCUUCGCACAGGUGUGGAUGAUGUCAAGGGCGUCUUCUUUGCCUGGGCCCAGAAAACGGAGGUGCAGGUGUGAGGGCCCCAUUUGCCAGGUGUCCUGUGCCUCUCAAACUCCUUAUCACCUGAAGUGGCACCUAAUAAAGCAACAGUCCCCUGCUGUGUCUGUGCGUUUGU